CUUCUCAAAAUUCCCCUCUUCAUGAAACCAUUGCACUCAUACAUACACUAUCGUUCACACACAUUCUGCAAUUGGACUUUUCUUGUUUUUUCUCCUCUUUUGAUUCUUUACUUUCUAACUAUUUCUUUCGUCCCAAAAUAAGUGUCACCUUAUAAAAAAAAAAAAGUCCUAAAAUAAAGUCACCUUAGAAAUUCAAGUAAAAAUUGGCAUGUAUUUUCAACUAUGCCUUUAACGUUAAAGAGGUAGUCCUCUUUAAUAUUGCUCAAUUCUCGAAAAACAUCUACAUAGUUUAGUAACUCCACAUUGUAUUUAUUAAUGUUUGAGCAUGAUUUUUGCUAAGGGUAUACUUAUUUUGAGACGGAGGGAGUAGUUCAUUUUCUAUUCCACACUUAUAUUUAUAGUUCUUUAAGUUCUAUUUUUCUUCUUUAAUGGAAUUCCAGUGGAAUUUUCAAAAUCGAGUUUGGGAAGAAGACGAAAGGAGGCGGGCAGGAGGGAGAUCCUUUUUUUUUUUACUUUUUCUUUUGAAAUGUUAUUUAUUUUUGGAUUAGUUAAAUAGGCUUACAGUAAUUUUUUUUCUUUUUACUCAAAAUUCAUUUUUAACAAUUUUGGUCCCAAGUGCCACGUGUCAUAUUUUCAUUCGUCCAUCUGCCACAACGCGGUGUGAGUUACCCACUACUUUUUUUUUUUUUUUAAAUAUCAUUUUGCGUUUAAUAGGUACACAUAUUUUAAUAUUGAAAUAUCUUAUAGGAAAGUAUGGAACAAGUUUAGGAGCCGCAUAUGUAUUCUUAUUAUUAUUACACAAUUAUUGUGGCUAAAAUUUAGUUACUGCUACAGUAACUUUAAUUGCUAUGGCAGUUAGCAAACAACAGAAAGAAAAGAUUUUUAGUUUUGACAAUUUAACUUUAGAUACUAGCCACAAUUUUUAAAUUUGAAACUGAGAUUUAGUAGGAAUAUACGCAUAAUAGUGGAAUGAGAUUUAGUAGGAAUAUAUGCAUAAUAUUUUAGUGAGAAUCAAGCAGUUGAUAUUAGCGUAGUGCUUGAUCUAUGGGGAGAGGGGUUGUUUAAGUUACAAUAAUGUAAAAGGGUUAAUCUUUGUGUGUGUUUAUGGUUAUAUUUGUUUAGCUGGCAAGAGUAUUUUUAUUUUUUGGCUAUGUGCUUUUGUGUCUUGUGUUGAUGGGAACUUGCAAUGACAAUUAAAUAUGUUUGCUUGUGGAUUGUAAAGUUAAAUGAGGCACCCUAGUGUGCUAUGAGAUACUAAGAGCUUGAGGCAAGUAAAGCUUCUUCGCCUACUUUGGUUGUACUUAUCAAUUCAGAUACUGUAUUUAACAUGAAGGACUAUGGACGCAGCAUGUUCUGCAGUUCCAGUUACUUAAAGUCGGCUGAAACUAUGAGGCUUAUUGUCUCCAUAGGUUGUGGAUUCAUGUUUGGCUUAUUCAUUGGAAUUUCAUUCCCUACUAGCUCAUUAACCAAGCUAAAUAUAACAGCCAGUUUUGUAAGCAGCUUCCCAAUUGGCAGAGACAGAAAUAAUAUUGUUUCAUCCCAAAAUCAUACAGAUUCGUCGAUCAAAAAUCAGAAUGCUACAAAUCAAUUGAAGAUUUGGGUCCCAUCAAACCCAAGAGGGGCAGAAAGAUUACCUCCAGAUAUGGUUUCUUCUCAGUCCGACUACUAUCUCCGGAGAUUAUGGGGAAAUCCCAGUGAGGACCCAGAAGGCAAGCCAAAAUAUCUGGUAACAUUUACCGUUGGUGUUAAGCAGAAGCAUAACAUUGAUGCUGCUGUAAAGAAGUUCUCAAACGACUUCACAAUUCUUCUUUUUCACUAUGAUGGUCAGACAACUGAAUGGGAUGAAUUCGAGUGGUCAAAACGAGCCAUCCACGUGAGUGCUCGGAAACAAACAAAAUGGUGGUACGCGAAAAGGUUUCUGCAUCCAGACAUUGUUGCCGCAUAUGACUAUAUUUUUAUCUGGGAUGAAGACCUAGGAGUUGAGCAUUUUGAUGCCACGGAGUACAUUAAACUUGUCAAGAAGCAUGGUUUCGAGAUUUCACAGCCAGGUUUGGAUCCGAGGAAAGGAACAACAUGGCCAAUGACAAUUAGAAGAGAUGAUGGUGAAGUUCACACGUUUACAACGGAGUACCCAGGCGGGUGCUCAGACCCCCAUUUGCCUCCUUGUGCAGCAUUCGUAGAGAUCAUGGCUCCCGUCUUUUCCCGAGAUGCAUGGCGUUGUGUGUGGCAUAUGAUUCAGAAUGACUUGAUCCACGGUUGGGGACUUGACUUUGCGCUUCAUAAAUGCGUCGAGCCUGCUCAUGAGAAAAUUGGAGUUGUAGAUGCUCAAUGGAUUAUGCAUCAAACUGUCCCUUCCCUUAAAAAUGAGGGGCAAGCAAAAGACGGGAAGGCUGCAUGGCGAGGGGUGAGAGAGAGAUGUGAAAAGGAAUGGAAAAUGUUUCACAAUAGGGCAGAAGAUGCAGAGAAAGCCUAUUACAAGUCAAAUGGAAUUGAUCCUUCCAAUUUCACUUAUAGGUCAAAUGGAAUUGAUCCUUGAAUUUUGCAUCUCAUUAUAAGUCAAAAUGGUCAAGUUGAUAAUAUACAGUCUUGGCAAAUUUGCCUAUAGUAGUCAUAUUUGUUAAGAGACAUCAAUUUUUCUGAAGUGAAGAAUAUAUUAGAGCUUCUUCAAUAAGAGUAUACAUGAUUACAAAUGUACUUAUCUAAAUAAAUUUAAGAAAACAUUGGUGAUAUUACCAGUCAUUAA